UUUUUUAAGUUCUUGCUGUACUGUUACAAGUUAUAAUUACCUUAAUGAAUAUUAUAGAAAUACUUUAUACCCACUUUUUUUGCAUAUUUCAUAUCUCUUUAUUAUUCUAUUAUGCAUGUUCUGAAUUAACCCCAAAGAUAAAAUAUGGAAAUGGGGGUCUUUAUUAAACAUGCCAACUACCCUGCUGAAGCAGUAAAAUAUGAUGAUUAAGAACAGAGAUAAUGAGAGUAUAAAAAUAAAAACAAUGCAGAGAGGGUGUAAAUUAAUACUUUAAUGUAGUAUAAUCUAAAAAGAGUCAGCAUUUAUAUCCACCACUAUUAAGGUCAAUUUAUUUAACUGAACUAUACACAUCUCCAUGUAUCUCCUUUCCCCAAUGCUUUCUGUUCAGUACAUGUAUGAAGAACUUGUUUGUGUACUGUGGUGAGUAUUCUUCAGCUCCUGUGGAAGUGCCAGAGAAUCACAAGCAUGCAAUCUGUGACCUGACCUUGGCAGAUCGACUUGCCAUUUACAAUCAUGUGAUUGCAGAGACCAGCCGGCAGAAAUCUAAGAUAGAGUCUACAGAAAAUGACGAUUUGUACGUGGAUUUAGCCAAUAAGAUCAAAGUAGUAGAUGAGGACCAGAAUUGUUCAAAAUCACAUAUUGAGGUUCUUGCAGAAAUGAGGGACUAUAAGGAGGCGUCAGUCCUACAGAUCCAAAAAUGUUCAUAUUACAAAAAAGUCUUACACAGAGCUUACACACGGUCAGUCCAACUCAAGUGGACCAACAGGGAUUGCUCAUCCUUGGUUAUUCGAGAGGUGAUUGAUGUGGCCUCAGGGGAGCUGGCCAGGCUGUGGCAGCUCGAGGACGAGACACCCCACAUGGCACGAGGACGCAGCAGGGAAGGCAGCCCGUCCCGCACUGCAUCACAGAGGUAUGAUGAGUUUCAGUCCCUGCAGUUGGAUAGUAUUAGAACUAAAGUCAUUGAGGUCAGCCUCAGUGGAGUCCCGUCAGUCGCAUGGGAGCUCAAAAGAUGCAGAGCGUUCACGGCACAGACUGAAGAAAAGCCGGGAUCGGGAUUCCAGGAAGAAGAGGUUUCAUCUUCAUCAAGGCGAGGAGUCAGGCUGUGGCUGAUUGUCUGGGCCCUUGUUGCUCUGCAGUCUCUUCAGUCCUAUGGACAGGAUUAUUCUGGAAACCAUUCAGGAGAUUACGAUUCCCAUGCCAAUGAAGGAUCAGCGGUAGAAGACUUAAAUGGAGAGCCAUCAGGAUACCCCCAUCCAGAUGAGUAUCCUGUGGAGCCCACACCUGGUUAUGAAGAGCACACAGCUUCUGGCUACCCCUAUCGCCAAACCACUCCACUGGUUACAAUGAUCACUGAAGAGGAUUACCCCUACACCACCACCACAGAGUCCUAUGUUGCUGCUAAAGAGGUCACCACCAUGACUACUAGAGUGCCGUACCGCUACCCAACAACCACCCCCGAGCCAUAUGAUGACUACUUCCCUGCCCCUGAAGUCUAUGAUGAUGAAGGGACGGAUGUUCUUGCGGAGAUGAGGGUACCCAGUGCUGUGGGAGUGAAUAUUGUGCCAGGAACCCAGCAGGACAUAAGUGCUUAUCGCCUUGGACCAAAAGUGCAGGUUAGACGGGAAACAAGACUGGUUCAGCCGCAUGGAUUCCCUCAGGAGUUCUCAGUGGUUUCCACGUUUCGGAUGCUGGAGGACACUCCACAGGAGGUGUGGAACCUGGUGGAUGUGAAGGACCAGCAAGGUGGAGACCAGUUCCACCUGCGGCUCUACGGGGAGAUUGGCGCUGUCAAUGUCUUCAACGCGGCCGCUGCUGGGGAGGAGAAGGUCACCACUUUUGAAAACAUAGGCCGCCUCUUCGACGGCGAGUGGCACAAGCUCUCGCUCAGCGCUCAGAGGAACCAGCUCACCCUGUAUGUGGAUUGCCAGCAGGUUGGCAGCGCCCCAUUCAGUCAGUACGGAUCCAUCAGAACUGAUGGCUUGACAUCUUUAGCCACAAGAAGUAGGGAUGCUGUAACCCUUCCUGUUGAUGUUCAGCAACUGCAGAUUUACAGCAACCCCAACAAAGCAGGAGACGAACCCUGCUGUGACAUCCCAGGAACUAAAGAUGAACGGGUAAGUUAUGCAUUCAUUCAUUUUUUAUUUAUUUAUUUAUUUUUUUUUGCAUUUUGUUACACAUUUUAUUGGUUCUAUUAA